AUGCCAUGCAAUCCUUUCUCUCCGAUAAGAUCUCACAACUUCAAAGCCAUCCAGCCAUCCUCUCUCUCUCUCUCUCUCUCUCUCUGAUUGUAAAUAGAGUAAUUCGGGAAUUCUAGGGUUCCUGUUUGUUUGAAUUCUCAUUAGGGUUUACGAAUUCGUUUAUUAGGGUUUUGAUCUUUUCAUGUCUUCGAUAGCAGGAAUGGCAUCUCUUUCAAUCCCCAACCAUACCCUCAAUCUUUCUUCUUUUAGGGUUUUAAAGACCUCUUCUCAUCAGGUCCAUCUCCCGCUGUCGAGAAUUCACACUCCUUCGAUCACGACCGUCGAUUUUCCUCCAACGAUGACGAUCCGGAUGGGCGGUGGGCCCCGGACCUACCCCGGUGGGGUAUCGAAGUGGCAGUGGAAGCGGAUGCAGUUGAAGAAGGCGAAGCAGCUCCUGAAGGCCCGCCUCUGUAGGGAGCGACAGAUCUAUGAGAUGCGUAAGCGGGCAGAGCUCCAGGCAGCGGUCUCGGAGCUCGAGCGGCCAUGGGAGAUUGUCAAGAAGGCUCCUGCACUCUUCUCCGUGAAGGCCGAUGAGCAGCUGAAGGUCCUGGCUGAUCGGUUUCAGCGGCCUGGAGGGUACGAUCUCUGGUCUGAGAAAGACGGGCCACAGCUCUUUCAUAGUCCUACGGAUGGACUCCCAUCGGCUAGGUUCUUCCCAAAAGGCGUCGUUCAUAGCAUCCAGCCUUAUGCGAGGAUUUCGGAGAAUUCAGAGGAUGCGAGUAAAUUGGGUCCUGUUGAUUCGUUUGAGGGUGGGAGAAGAGGGGGGAGGAGAAUGAGACGGGUCUCAAAUAGUAGAAAUGGAGGCGGGUCGAAUGGUAAAGGUGAUGGCCAAUCGAGGAGAGUUAGUCGAGUUACAGAUUGUGAGUUGGAGGAGAAUGCAGAAGAAGAGAAAACAUUGAGAGUUUCUAAUUCUAACAGUAGAAAAGAUAAUGUGAUGAAGGGGAGAAGGGGUUCAUAUGAUGGUCCCAAUCGGAGGGUUGUUGACGGGAGGAAUUCCAAGAGGGGUGAUAGUUUGGAGACAAAUGUCAAUGGGGGAUUCUAUGGAAGGAGAGAUGGAAAUCAUUCUUCAUAUGAUCGGGCAAAAAAUGGUGGGAGUUGGCAAGGGCAUGAAUUGGAGGAGGAUUUAUAUGGGUUGGAUUUGGAAUGGGUGUCCAUUGAUAAAGAAGUGAGUAAGAAGACUGAUUUUGUGGGCAAUGGUAAAAACAAUGGUAGCAGUCGGCGAUUCAAUGCAUGGAAAUCGGAGAAGUUACAUGGGUCGGAUUCAAAAGGAUCCUUGUUGUAUAAAGAAGAGAAGCAGAGAAUUCCUUUCACAAGCAGUUGUCGGUCCAAUGUAAAGAAAUCAGAUGGUUUUUCUGUAUCAGAUUCAGACUGGGGCUCCAUUGAUUAAGACGAUUUUGAGAAAAUUCCUUUGAUAGGCAAUGAGAGAUACAUUGGAAGAAAUCAUUGAUUUGAUGCAAGAAAGUCAGAGGAGGAUUUACAUGGUUAUUAUUUGCAACAUGGCCCAAUCAAUAGAGAAGAAAGUUUUGAGUUUGGGAUGUGAGGAGGAUGAAGGUGCAUUGUUGGUUGAGAGGAAAGGGGAGAGUUUAAUUACAAUCAACCAUCCACAGUGGGUCAAAAGUAACUGAUUGCAGUGGAAUCAUCAAAUCUAUGGCUUAAAUAUCAUACCUGCUGGUGCGCUGCAAACCCAAUUCUUGAUCAUGUAUUUUCUAGAAGUUGAUUCCUUAGUUACUAGAAAUGGUAGUUAUAUGGAUUAGUAGAAAAUUAGCCAUUGUAUGGUUGGAAUUGCUUCGGAAUCAUGAGAUAUAACUAAUGUGGAUGGUUGAUAAGUUACUGUGAAUAUAAUCUGUCCUUAAUUGUGUAC